UCAGGCUGCAGGGCUCCAUCAUCAGGAUCUGCUGCUGAGAUUCCAAGAAUCGAUAAACUAUGAAGAAAAGCAGACGUCCAAGGCCAUCGCAGAGCAGCGGGACGCAGACGAGCGUCACUGAGGAGAAGAAGCCGUCUGGAAACAGAGGCCGACCUAAGAAGACCGUCCCUGUUACCACUGACAACCUUUACCAUGACGACGCAGAAAAAGACAACAUGGCUGACUUAGACUGCAGUGUGAACGCAGCUGUCGACACACAGAAACCUCCAGAGGGCAAGAUCAGAGCCGCGGGUCGCCUGUCCACCGCCCUCUGCCGGCUCUGCCACGGGAAGUUCUCUCUGCGCAGCCUGCGUCACGCCUUCAACAGGAGGCCCCGGGGGGCCGCGGAUAUUACUGACGAUGAGCCGACGUCCCCCCUCUUAUUCCACACAGACUUCCAGCGACUGGUGGGGGUCCAGUUGGAUCGCGACCCCCGAUUAUCAGAGUUCAUUUGCAAGAAAUGCCACUCCAAGUUCUACAAGUGCCACAGCAUCCUGAUCCGGUUCCUGCAGAGAGUCAACCUCCCACCGGUCGGGAAAGAGAACCUGAAGAGCUGGAAGAAGUGUCCAGAAGCCUCAGUAAACCAUGUCCCGAUAACUCCUCACUCCUUCACCUCAGACCCUCAGUGCCUCCACAGCCUUGUGUCCUGGGCCCACCAUCACGGGGGGGCCUGCCGCUCCUGUCCCGACCUGAAGGAGGUGCUGGAGGGCCGGGGCUGGGGCUCUGUUCAGGCCGCCUGGGGGUGUGUUGAUGGUCACAGAUACAUCAUGGACACUCAGUGCACCCCAGCUGCACAACCAUUCUCUAUGAACUCAUGCAGUGGGAGGGACAAUGGAGAGGGAAGGGUGUCUUGGGAGGAGGAACAGGAGGAGGAAGAGGAGGGGUGCAGCGGGAAUGUGAGGACAGCAUCGGGGAGUGUGAGCACUUUAGCUCAGCACAGUCCGGCUGCAGUCCUCUCUCAGAGCCCCGCAGACUGGACCUGCAACCCUGAAGACUUCACAGGUCAUGACGAGGCGUUGUCCCCUGCUGUGGCCCCACUGGAGGACAGGGCCCCCGACAGUGAUCUGUCUGACAGGGUAAUCUCCGAGGAUGACUUUGAGGAGAGUAGGAGAGGGCGGUUAUCUGACGAUGAGUUUGAACCAGACAAAAGGGCGAGCGUCACCAACAAGAGAAGAAGGAGCCCGAAGGCCCAGGAGGAGCCCAAAAUUAGAAAAAAACCUGGACCCAAACCCGGCUGGAAGAACAAGUUGAAACCUAAAGCAGAGGAGCUGCCUAACAUCUACAAGUGUCCGUAUCAGGGCUGCACCGCCGUCUACAGAGCUCCUGAUGGUUUGAAGAAGCACAUCAAGGAGCAUCACGAGGAGAUGAAGGAGCGGCCCUGCCCUCACCCCGGCUGCAACAAGGUGUUCAUGAUCGACCGCUACCUGCAGCGCCACGUCAAGCUCAUCCACACCGGUGAGGGGAUCACUGGGGUCUGUUUUCAGCGGCUCCUUUGUUUACUUACAUAACAUGUAACACUGAUUCUAUUGGC